AUGGUGUCCAAUAAUAACGGCGUGUCGGCAGGCAAUCAUGAUGCUGUGGAAUUCAAUGGCAUGGAUGUGGACGAUGCAGGACAAGAAAUGGAUAUAGAUGAUGCCAUUCAAGAUUUUCUUGAUGAUAUGAAUGAUGAUGAUGACGAACAUGAGGAUGAGAGUGAUGAAGGGGAAGGUGGCGAUGAACAAGAAGAGUUUCUUGAUCUUUCUUCAGAGAGUGCUUACAGUGAAGAAGAAGAUGAUUAUGACGAGAAUUUCGAUUUUCAAGAAGCAUUGAGAGGUGCUGGUAACUUUCGACAAAAGAAUAAGAGGAAGACUGCAAGAUCUAAGUCAUACUGGAAACAGAAAAUGAUGAGAAGUUCAAAUAGAAGUUUGGAUCCAGAAGUAAGAUCGAAUUUGUCUCAAGCUAAUGAAGCCUUUGUGCGUAAAGAUUAUCAAGUAGCACAGAAUUUAUAUUUGGAAGUGAUCAAACUUGAUCCUAAGAAUUUCAAUGCCUAUAAAACCCUUGGAGAAAUAUGUAAGCUUCAAGGUAGACUUGCAAAAUGUUGCAAUUAUUGGUUUUUGGCUGCUAAUAUUCAUAGUUGGGAUAGUGGAUUUUGGGCCCAGGUGGCUGAAUUAAGUAAUGAUUUAGGCUUAAUUGAUCAAGCCAUAUAUUGUUAUGGUAAAGCUAUCGCUGCUGACAAUACAAAGAACCCAAAAUAUAUUCUUGCAAGAGCAAUAUUAUAUAAGGAAAAACGUCAGUUUGGGAGAGCUUUAGAAGGGUUCCAAAGACUUCAUCAAAUGUUCCCAGCUGAUACUACUGUGGUGAAAAAUCUUGCUAGUGUUUAUGUGGAUCAAAAACGGUUGAAUGAUGCCAUUAACCUUUAUGGUGACAUUUUAGAUAGGAAUAUGAGUGAAGGAUCUAGUAAUGAACUAGGACGAUUCCCAAGAUUUGGAUGGGCAGAAUUAAACAUUUUAACAGAAUUGUAUAUUCAACAACACUCUUGGCGUCAUGGUUUGAAGAUAAUUAAGGUAGUAGCUCGAUGGCUACAAAAUAGAGAAGACGAAACUUGGUGGGAAGAUCAUGAUGAUGAUUCUGAAUUUGAUUCUCAGAGAAGAACAAGAAUAUUAGAUCAGUUAUCACAACCAAUUAAAGCAAGAGCAUCAAAGAAACAAUUCCAAAUACCUAUUGAUAUUAGAUUUAAAAUGGGGUUGCUCCGAUUAUCAUUGAAUCAAAAAGAUGAAGCAAUGCAUCAUUUUGAAUUUUUACUUGAAGAUUCAGACGAUAUUGUUGAUCUUUUCUUUGAGGCAGGAAAAGUCUUAGAAAGCCAAGGAUAUUAUGAAGAUGCAUUGGUAUUUUUAACUAGGGCUUCACAAAGUGAUGAAUUGAGUCAAUCUGCUGAACUUGUAUCUUUAUGUGGUAAAUGUUUUCUGGAAGUUGGGGAUUAUCAACAAGCUUCUAGAGCUUACCAGGCAUUGCUUUACGGCGAUCCCGAUAAUUUAGAGUUUAAGCUUUCUUUGGCAGAAGCAUUAUAUCAUUUGGGAGAUGCCGAAAAUUCAGCACAUUUAUUACAAGAAGUCAGCAAUACAAGAGCCAAAUCUUCUGAUCUGAUGUCAGAUAUGCUAGAAGAUGACGAUGAAGAACCAGAAGAAGAAGAACACCCUGACGAGCUAUCAAUUAUCAAAACCAAACAUAUGAUCAAAUCUAAUAAGAAACUUUCAAAUCAAGAGAAGGAAGAGAUUGAAAAUAAGGCUCGUAGAAGAGUGUUGGAAAAAUAUGGAAGAAUGAAAAGAUUAGAAGACUCUUUGAAGAAAAAUGAUAAGGUUGCAAUAUCAGCCUGGAUGCAACUUGCAUUUCAAUUGGUAGAGAUGUUUAUGGCUGUCAGAAGUUUCUUCCCCAAAGAUAAAAAUAGGAUAUUUAAAGGUGUGCUAUUGUAUCGAAGGAUAAAACCUAUGGGAAUUGAUGAGAAACUUGCCAGAGUCUAUAAUUUGCACCAAGGAAUGACUGAAGAAGAAAACAAUAAUAGAAAUGCCUUUUCUUCCACCACUGAAUAUAGAGGACUUACUUAUGAUAUUUGGUUUAGCAUAUUUGUUCAAUAUGCACUUUUGCUUGCCAAUUUUGAAGGAAAUUUAGCAUAUGCUUCACAGAUCAUUGAAGCAGCACAGGAGGCCAGCAUUUUCUCGCAAGACAAAUUUAGAGAUUCUGUUUUAAAAGCUGUUCGUUUAAUGUUUGGAAUAAUGGGUGAAGAAUCUCUGACUUCAGUUGUGACACAUAUUCGACAUUUCCUUGCUAACAACCAAUUUUCAAGGUAUAUCUAUAUUUUCUUCAUGUGUUGUUUCCCAUCAGGACUUGGAAAUUGGGAGACUUUCACCAAUUAUAAUCACCAGAAGUAUUUUUUGAGACAAUUGAAAGCAUAUGAUUCAUUAUUAACAUCAACAAAAAUCACUGGAAUGGCUACUAUCACUGCUAAGAUCGAUGAUUAUCAAUUUACAAAGGAACCAUGCGAAUUGCUUUAUAUUUAUGCCAACUUAUUAGGAGGCUCUCGAAGUUAUGUUUCAUCCACUGUCUAUCUCAGUCGAGCAUACAAACUGUAUAAUCGAGACCCCAUGAUUUGUCUUGUGAUAGGCCUUUCUCAUGUUCACCGAGCAAUGCAAAGACUUAGUACCAACAGACACAUUCAGCUUCUCCAGGGGAUUAGUUAUAUUUUAGAGUACAAGGAACAUCGACUUUUAAGUGCUACAGUUUACGAAGAAACCGAGGUGGAGUAUAAUUUAGGUCGUUUGUUCCAUAUGCUUGGGUUGCCCACGUUAGCCAUCCGUCAUUACGAAAAAGUGUUGAUGUUACUGGAACUGAUUGAAGAUCCAACUUUUGAUCUACUGAUGGAUGCUGCGUACAACCUUACGUUGAUUUACAAUGUCAAUGGGAACUCACGAAAGGCCAGAGCCAUUAUGGAAAAGUAUUUAACCAUUUGA